AUGUCCUCUCACGAGCAAGCCCUAGUGUCCCUGUUUUCCCCGCUAGCCUUGUCCUUCGACGGCGCCAUUUUGGGUCUUGCCUUGGCGUAUGCCGCUGUCCUUCCGUCCUCAAACUUACUGCUAACUCUGCUGCUCGACAAGCUACGCGUCGCCCCUUCUCUCUCCGUUUCUGACCUCCGGUCACUUCUGGACAGUUCCGAUGCUGACGGCAAUUCCCAAGAUGGCAACAAACUAGUUGUUGUCCGUGGCACUGUCGAGGCCAAGUCUGUCGUGGAGAGCGGCUGGAAAAGCUUAAUACCUAGCGUAUUAGUAUCUCGCGAGUCUGGCGAUAGCGCUGUGGCUAUUCAGAGGACUCAAACGAUUGUUAUCUCACUGAUGAGGCAGAGGCUGAGGUCAAUGUGGAUUUUACCCUUUCGUCACGAAUGGAAAGGCCAGCAAUCCUUGGAAGCUAAAACUUCAAUAAUGAAUUUGUAA